CCAAAUAUGCAAACCGCUUCCAAGUCAGUGAGCUAACGAUACACUUCCCCUGCCUUGGGACAGUUGGCACCGUCGAGACGUAACAUUUUGAAAGAUUUUGGUCAGUGGUAGGGUGAACCGGGGAUACAAUAAUGGAGUGGAACCAAACAAACCGAGACAUUAAAAGGGGGGAAUGAAAAAAGAUGGUUAGUUUUUCGAAGAAAGUGCUGGAGUAGCAGUAUUGUGAAGAAGACACCCAUUCAGCUCCGGUUCAAGUCUAGAUGGACAUAACAUGAGUGUGGACCUAUUCCACCCGGUGAAAGCAGGGCUCCAUGGCAUAAAAGCCAACUGCAGAUCCAGUUGUUCUCUUGGGUUUCUCUUGAGGAGCACACUACCAUUUUCCACAGCCUGAGGGGAACCAGGAAGCUGUCAGCAGGAGACAUGCCUGCCCUGGCCACCGGAGCCGGCCACGAGCCAGGUCUGUAUGCGCUGCUGGCAGCCCUGCCGUCCCAGCUGCAGCCUCAUGUCAGCCGUCCAGAGGACAACACCUUCCUGCAGGACAUGUUUGCGGGGAGAGGCCUGCACUCACUUGUGAAGAUCCACGAACGGCUACAGCACUAUGAAGAGAGCAAACCUGUUCCUGUCCUGGACAGUGCCGAAGUUCUGGCCCAAACGCUUUCUAAGCAACUUGAAGGAAAAUCGGAGAAUGGAGAUAUAAAAGAACUUGUAAAACUACUGGAAAAUCCCCAUAUGAAGAGCCUUCUGUCCGUCCAUGAUACAGUUGCUCAGAAGAGGUACGACCCUGAACUCCCUCCCCUGCCUGAAGACAUUCAUGAUGAGGAGAAUUCUGUGAAGAUUAUAAGACUGGUGAAAAACAAGGAGCCUCUUGGAGCAACAAUAAGACGUGAUGAUGGUACCGGAGCCAUCAUUGUGGCUCGGAUCAUGAAAGGAGGAGCAGCAGACAGAAGCGGACUAAUUCAAGCUGGAGAUGAACUCAAGGAGGUUAACGGGAUCCCUGUGGAUGACAAGAAACCAGAGGAAAUCAUUCGUAUCCUGGCCCAGUCACAGGGAGCCAUCACUUUUAAAGUUGUCCCUGGUGUGAAGGAAGAUGCACCUGUCAGAGAACCAAAGGUAUUUCUGAGAGCGCUCUUUGACUAUGAUCACAGUAAAGACAAUACCAUCCCAUGUAAAGAGGCUGGUCUAAGCUUCAAGAAGGGCUCUGUCCUCCAAAUAAUGAGCCAAGAAGAUGCAACAUGGUGGCAGGCAAAGCAUGAGGGGGAUGGUAAUCCUCGUGCUGGUCUGAUUCCAUCCAAACAGUUUCAGGAAAGGAGAUUCGCCCUAUGGCAGCCUGCGGGGUCUCUACCGCUACAGCGGACCCUAAGCAGGAGACCAUAUGAUGUGGAGAUAGAGAUUGCACUCAUAGCUACUGAUAUUCAAGAGGAAGCUGAUUAUAGUAGCGGAUUCCACUCUGCUGGCUUCAGGAGAAGCUUUCGGCUCAGCAGGAGAGACAAGAAGACCAACAAGACCAUGUACGAGUCUAAGAAGAGCCAAAUGUACGACAUGGCUGAUGUCCCCACGUACGAGGAGGUCGCCCCCUACUGCAGGAAGAGUGGAGCUAAACACAGGCUGGUGGUCCUAGCAGGACCCACAGGUGUCGGCUUGAAUGAACUCAAGAGGAAACUGUUGAUCUCUGACCCCCAGCACUUCGGAGUGACCAUCCCACACACCAGUCGGCCCAAAAGGAACCAAGAGAGCGACGGUGUGGAGUACCACUUCAUCUCCAAACAUCUCUUUGAGACGGACGUCCACAACAACAAGCUGGUGGAGUACGGCGAAUACAAAGGGAAUUACUACGGAACAAGUCUGGACUCGGUCCGCUCCGUCCUGUCCAAGAACAAAGUGUGCCUAUUGGACGUCCAGCCUCAUACAAUAAAGCUUCUGCGGACAUCUGAGUUCAAACCCUUUGUUGUGUUCGUGAAACCUCCAACAAUGGAAAGACUGAGGGAAACAAGAAAAAACUCCAAAAUCAUCUCCAGCAAAGACGAUAAAGGAUCUGCCAAGCCGUUCACAGAGGAGGACUUUCAGGAGAUGUUAAACACUGCUGAGAUGAUGGAGAGUCAGUACGGACAUCUGUUUGAGAAGGUCAUAGUGAACGAUGACCUCACCACGGCCUUUAGCGAGCUGCAGUUGGCACUAAAGCAAUUGGAGACAGAGACCCACUGGGUUCCAGUCAGCUGGACUCACUCCUGAGACCCAGACUGACUGGGAGAGGAGGGAAGGGAAGGGCUACAACUAAAAAUAUGCAUUUUAAGUCUCUUUUUGUCAACUGAGUCUGAUGCUGGGAGGCUAAUGUUAAAAAGACAAGACAGCACAAAUUGGUGGAAGGUGGACUAAGCUGAAUCAAGCUAAAACUAACCUUUAACCUUUGGGACGAGUUGGAUUCAGACCUUAGCUGCUGUCUGGAUGGUGAUCUCCAGGUUAGAGAAAACAUAAAAGGUUGACAGUUAAGGACGUCUCUCUUGAUGUGGGCUCAGGGCAAUCUUGGACCUUCAUAGAACCAGUGGUUCUGCCAGCCGAAGCAACCAGAACUCCGUCUUUAGUGGGUUUAAAACAUUGAACCUGUAGAAAAUCAAAAGGAUGGAUGUUUUUCAUCUUGGUUGAUGGUUUAGAAUUGAUAGCAGGACACUAUGUUUGAGGGGAAAACAGGGAGUAAGAAACAUGCAAACAUGUCUUCUGACUUAUUUCUGUGCUUCAAAAGUGCUUCAGUUGUGCCCAUUUUCCACUAGUACCAACUCAGAGCUGUUCGCAAUCAGUCAACUCACUUCUGCUUUUCCACGGUUACAUGGAACCUUUUUUUAGUACCUGUUUGGAUGUGAUACCAACCGUUUUGAGACGCACUGAAAACCCGACUUCAGAAGGCUAUCAAUCACUGAUUGGUUGCGGGGUGGCAUCACUAGUUACAGCAUAUUUCACUAACUAAUAUCUCCAACUGUUAAAUCGCCUGACAACAGCCAAUAACAUCACUUCGGACCGCUAUUAACAAUCCCGCCCCCAUUAAGAUGGUACUCAACUGUAAUGGAAAAUGAAUCAAAUGGUGUUAAACUGACCCGACCUGAAAAGAUUAGGUUCUAAUGGAAUAGGGGCUUUGGUCCAAAUGAUAACACUGCUGGGUCCAAUCUCAAGAAAGGUAAUAACUGUCAUUUUAUUUAAAAGAAAUUAAUAUAUUUUCUUGAUACUUCCAGGACCUUUUAAAUACUUUUUAUGGAAGUGUUUGACUUAUAGUAGAGACCUCUUUUCUUUCAUUGAAGUGUUUAGAUCUGAUCUGCCCAGCCUAAUUUUCUCCUACAAAGCUUCUCCAGAGUUAUUUUAUUUAGCUGUUGUAUGUUCCAUCCUGGAGCUGUUUGAAACACCAGCUUUCAUACAGGGUGUCCAGCAGACCAGUUUUGCCAUUUAUAGAACUGGGCACAUUUGUCUUUAAUAAGAAAGUUUCACUGUUGUGUUUUAUUAGGGUGGAGUUUUUAUUUUUAUUCAUAUAAACAUGUUUUCAGUGAGGCUGCUAACAGCGUCUCCACAGCCGACUUCCAAGAUCUUCGGAAAGUCGCUGCUCCUGAUUUAAUGAGCAUCAGAAGUUUAUGACUGGAGUCACCCAGUCUUACUCAUAUGUAGUUUUUUAUUCACUACUUUCUCAAGUAUUUAUCAGAGAGAUACUUUCAUUUCUUCUGAACUGGUUUCUAAACUUUUAGUUUUCUGCUUUGCUGCUUUUGCUCAGAUGAGGUCACAACUAUGUUCACAGAUCAGUAGUUUUCACAACUGGGGGACCCCACACCCACAGUGCCUCACAACACAAGUUCAAGACUAUAAAUGAUUGAUUAUGGUGUGUAUUUAACAUAAUUAUUGAAAUCUAUUAAAACUAUAGCCCUAAAUUGCUGAAACUAGAAAACGGUUGCUGUUUGUGCUGCUAUUCCUCCACUCUCUUAUUGGUGUGAUAUUAACCAGUUUGAUUUCUUCAACCAUCAGUAGUCUGAGGCUCUGCCACUGUUUUUAUGAGAAGCUGAAAGUUUCAGAACCACUGAUUAGGGAGGAAAGAACUGGGCUUACAGGUUUUUCUGUCAACUAUUAACAGAACCCCACAAACACAAAUACUGCUCUAGAAAUACAACAUACCCAUUAACAAAUAGUCUACUUCAGUACACCAGUAACAGGGAACCAACAGUAGAAAGAAAUGUUCAACCAGCAAAAUUAGAAAUAAUCAGUUUUUGGAAAAUUUUUAUAUUUUGCAAACAUUGGGAAAUAAAUUCAUUGUUAUUGUGAAAAAUCAUAAUUCUUAUAAUUUUUCUCCCAAUAACGAUAAACAGAGUAAUAAGUACCAAUCCCUACCAGAACUAUAGACUGAUUUAAGAACCUUGAGCUAAUCAGUUAGCUUCACAGAAAUACUGCUAAUAUGAGCUAGCUUGGUUCUUCUGAGUAAGGAUCUGAGGAACUUUAGAUGUUCCUGCUCAUUAACAACAGCCUAAAGUUGAGCUCUCGGCUGUAUUUUUCUUCUAUUUUCAGUCUUCAUUCUGAGCUAAUUAGCUAAGCUACUUUCCUGUUGCUAGCUGCAUAGCUAACAUAUUAAACACAUAUUGAACUUUAAAAACUGAGAACCAAGAAGAGCAAAGUACAUAAAAUAUUAAAAACAGUUUCUUUAGGCUAAGCUUUUUUAGCUACAGUGUUAGCUUUAGUGUUAAGGAAGUGAUGUCAUAAGCUAUUUUAUGGCUUUAGAAAGAGGGAAAUACUUCUCAUUAUAUAUGUCAAUUUGAAGGUGGAGGCUCUUAACUGUAGGAGUUACAUUUAGUAACCUUUUUUACACGUUUUAUUGAUCAGAAUCAGAAUUGUAGUUUUUGGAAAAUAGGGUUUGGUUCCUUCCUGUAAAUGAUGCUGUUAUUCAGGCAAGUUGUAUGAAAUAUACUAGAUUUCAUAUUAAAAAAGAAAAUUAAUGUAACUCUUAUAAGGUUGUAUUCAUUUCUACAUUUAAACAGAGAAACAGAUUUGUCUCCAGGCAGAAUCUUCUCUAAACUGAAUUAGUCUGUUUGCAGGAAAGUCUCUUUUCUUUCUUCAUGCCUUUCACAGCGAUGUGUCAUUACUUCCCAGCAGCAAUAUUCCUCUCCUUUCCUCUCACUGAUUGGCCUGGCAGCAUCAGCGCUGGAGCUGCACCAACAUAAAGGUCUCAGGCAGAACCUCCUGAUGAUGGGAGGAAAGGGUAGCAGCUCUAACCCACCUCUGACUCCAACAUGUUGCCUUCUUUGUCCUUUGUCCUCCCACCAGGGAAGAGGGUGCUUUUGAAUCUGUGCUUUUAUUUUGGUGAUCUGAAUGUCUUCAGAGAGUAGAAGCAGCUUCUCUCUGCAGGAGAGGAGAACAGGGAGCUGAGGCAAAGCUCAGUAUUCAGAGGUCUUCAUCUAGUAAACAGGUCAAGAUGGGUCAGAUACAUCCUCACAGGAGCCUUCAUGUAUUUUCUAGAAUGUUUUUUGUACAGUGUUGUUCAUACGUUGUUAUAUUUGUUCUUCUGUUUUUACGUUAAUUGACAACAUGCAGACCUGAAAGAACCAGCAUGGACAUCAGCCAGUCAGAGCAGCUGAAAAUAUUCCAGUUUAUGAUGACUUUCUCAAAGAUAUGUUUUGUGGUCACAUGUUGUCAUUCAGCUUCUCUGGAAUCAUGUAAAAUAUUUUAUAAAGCACCUCAACUAUGUCAGAAAAAGGAGCCAAGUGUCUCUGAGCAGAACUGCUACCAAAACAACCAAGAAGUGUUUUAACUCAUGUGGACUUUGACAUUGGGUUUCUCCAGAAGGUUUAUGGCCAUAAAUCUCAUAAUACUUCUAUAUUUGACAAGAGUCCGUCCCCUCUUAUGAAAGCAGUGGCACCAAGGACUCAACCCCUUUAAAUACAUAUGAAACACAUUAUUCCAAAGCCACAAUUGCAGGUUUGUGUGUAGAAGAGCCCCAAGCAGUUAUAUGGAAAUGUUCUCAGAGGUAUCAGGGUUUGUUUGCUGAGACUCCUUUAGAUUAGGUCUGAUUCAUUCUCAUGUAGCGAUCAUUAUGUCUCCAGUUUUUAGUUGCAUGCAGUCAUUCUUAGUUGUGGGAAAUCAGCAUAAUGAGAGACUCAGAAAGUUUGAUCAGGACAUGAUGUUUAGACACUGACUCUGUUAUGGUUUCAGCAGUAGUUAUAGUGAUGGUAAAAUGUAAGUCGACCUUCUUACAGUUCGAACACCUCAUGUAUCAGGUCAGAGUUCAAAUCAAUCUGAUUUUAUUCGUUUCUUCUCUGAGGCACAGAGUUUAAAACAAUGUCAGGAAGGAAAGAAAACAGCAAUGACUGUUGCUGCUGAAGAUCAAACUAAUAACAGUUAGAAGCCAUUUCUAUUUCCUUUCAGCCAUAACUGCAGGUUUUACUUCAGCUGUCUGUCUGAUGCAUUUUUCUAACAAUAACUCAAACAAUCAUGUAGAAUCACUGAAUGAUCUUAUUACCAUCAGAUUAAAAGAAGCUGAGCAGGUAAACUGUGACUCUGAGUACAACACGUGUGCCAUAAGGAAGACAGUUAAAUGUCAGAUUUUAAAGCAUGUUUCACCCCUAAAUCACCCAAGUUUAAAAGGUUUUACCUUUUUUCUGUUUGCCUAAAACACAGAGGAUUGUGGGAAAGGACAGGCUGGUUUCUGGGAAUAUUUUACAACUCUGAGAUUUGGUCACACAUAUCUAGCAGCUCCCUGCUACAAUGACCAGAGUCACCUUCAUAUUUUCCUGCUUUAACCACACAGCCAUGAGCCGCACUGAACUGGAUUUAACAGAGCCUGGAAAAACAAGAGAACUCCUUGGAAGAUGAGAAUCUGUGAGAGAAACAAUUACAACAGAGACUCAUUGCAGCUCCAUCCAAACCAGAAACAGGAACAGGAGUCUGAGUCUGUGCACCUUCUCAUCAUCACUCUUAUUCCUCACACAAUCCUUCUGUUUGUGUUUCAUUUGAGCUUUAAUGGUGUGUUGGACACACUGUGAACUGAUGCAAGCUGCAGUAUGUUUCUGUGUCAUCCAGCAGGUUUCCAUGAAGUUCAAUCAGCGCCUGAGCUCAUGCAGUGGAGAAAUAGCAUGGAGAGCAGCCUGUGUUUAUUAUGCUGGAUUAAGUUUUAGUCACAGAACAUCUAAAACAGAGCAGGUGCUGCUGAGCAUACUGCAGAUUUGUUUUCCUUUAGAAAAGACCCAGUCUGGAAGAUUAUUUCAUUUAAUCUCUGCUUUAACAAACAGCAAUUAGUCUGUAAUGAGACCUGGGUUAGAUAUAUUAAGACCCUCCUUUAUCCUGCUUUUUCUUCUAUGUUUUUACUCCAUCUUUAAUCCAUCUUCUUUCUUUAUUUUCUGUACAAAGUCAGUCAGAUUCACAAACAUUGAAUCAUACGCUAAGUUAACUCUGUCGCAUACAGAUCUCCACAUUAACUCCAGCAGCCUAGUUCACAUUUUCAGUACCUCCUAAUUCAGACAGCUUAACUUCUCAUUCCAAAUAAAAUACCUGCAGAAGGAGGAAAGCUCAUAAAUUCACUUAUCUAACAACAACAGCCUCAAGAAUGAUUUAUAUUAUUACUGUAGAAGAGCAGCUACCUCUCCUCUCUCAGGGGGAACUUUAGUGAUUGAUUCACAUUCUGACCCAAUUAAACGGAUACCAAAAAAACUGUGGAGACAAAGAGGUUCCAUCUGCUUUAACUUUGUGCACAACAAUCUGAAAGACAGAGCUCAGCAUGCACUGGUUCUGCUGGCAGACAGAGAGUCAAACAUGUCAGAAUCAGAGGAAAUCAGUGAUUUUACUGAUCAUUAGAAAGAUGUUCUCUGGGUCUGACGUCAUGAAUGGAAAUGAUGGUUGAAAGCAGAAAGGAUGCCACAGUAUGGAGGCUGAAGAUGUCUCCUUGUUUCUGUUACAUAUCAGUCAGUGUGGUUUCAGUGUGUAAAAUAAAGAGAGUUCAUAUCAUGAUUGUCUGAUUCACUGCUUUAAACACAGAACACCACAGUACUGGUUCUAAAAGACCAAAAAACUAAAGGUUAAAAAUAAAAGCUGACAAAGUUUAGAUAUUAAAAGGCCCUUUCAACUAUUCUGAUCUACAUCUGAGUUCAAUAUUGUCUCAGAUGAUUUAAUGAAGUCAAUCAAGCUAUUAGGAAACCAUCUCCAGAUAUUGUUUAUGUAGAGCAAAUCUGCCCUGGAACAUGUAGGCAACCAGCUUCUAUAUAUGGUAUGCCUGAAAUUCUGCAACAAGAAGACUGAAAAAAUAAAAAUAAAGUAAAUAAAUAUUGUCUCAAUACUAAAA